AUACAACUCACAAGUGUGUUGCAAUUAUCAGAUCAAAUAUGAAUGUAUGUCAUCUAUAAUGAAAAGAGUAAUUAUUAUUUUAAUUGAAUACUAUAAGACCUAUAAGCUACGAAGUAUGUGUUUUUUAUUGACCUUCAUAUAACGACAAAAAAAUAAGAAAUAAAAAAGCUAAUUCGAACCAUUAUUUUAUAUUUUUGUGCGAAUUUUUACAAUUACUUACACUAGUAGAAUAAAGCAAUUGGGCAGCCUCAAAUGGGCAGUGGUUGAUGAAGUUAGUCUCAAGUUUCAAGUGCAUAAAUCAAGUUUUAUUAUUAUUAUUUAUGUGAUUUGAAUGACUUCUUAUUUUGAAAUUUGUAUAUACGUAGUGUUUAUUAAUAUAGUGCAUCGACUUAAUUAGAGAAAUUUAUAGAUCCGCGACUAAUUAAAUCAAAUAACUCUCAUUUAUAUUAACGUUGUGAUCUUGUGAACUCGUGAUUAAAGUUUUGUUAUUUAUGUAAUUUUGAUUAAAGCUUCACUUAACAUUAAACAGAAUCAAGGGCAAUUACAAAAUACAUAGCACACACCUACGAAGGCAAAGGAACUUCUAAAUAAAGACAAAAACCAAAUGGCAAACAUAGCCGUGUGGAUGGAAGUCGAGGCUCACCGAUUCGAUCCUAUAGCCACUAAACUCAUUCAUGAGCUUCUUUUUACGAGUUAUUUUGACAAGGAAACAGACAACGCGAUUGUUGAGGAGAAUGAAGCUAAGUUGGCUAAGGUCCUUGAUGUUUACGAGGCACGGCUAGCAAUGUCCAAGUACCUAGCUGGUGAAUGUUUCACAUUGGCUGAUCUUGAUCAUAUGCCUGCCCUUCAAUACAUAAUGCGUACAAAAGUGAAGCAAUUGAUCGAUGAAUGCCCUCAUGUUAGUGCUUGGUGUAAGGAUAUCUUGGCUAGGCCUGCUUGGGAAAAGGUUUGGGCUUUACAAGACUUAUUUCAGCAAGGAAACAGACAACGCGAUUGUUGAGGAGAAUGAAGCUAAGUUUGCUAAGAUUCUCGACGUUUAUGAAGCUCAUUUGGCAACGUCGAAGUACCUAGCUGGUGAUUGUUUCACAUUGGCUGAUCUUCAUCAUAUGCCUGCACUUAAUUGCAUGAUGCGUACAAAAGUGAAGCAAUUGCUCGAUGAACGCCCUCAUAUUAGUGCUUGGUGUAAGGAUAUCUUGGCUAGGCCUGCUUGGCAAAAAGUUUGGGCUUUGCAUAAAUGAGGUUGAACUAAUGUAUGUUCGUUCUUAAAUUAUUUUAAUUUGGUGUUUUACUGAUUGUGUACCGAGGUUGUGAUUGUAAGUUGUAAUCUAUUGCAUUAAUAAAGCUAUUUGGAUUAAUUUUUUUUUUUUUUGCAAUUUAUAUGUAAGAAAUAACAAUUUUAAUGCAAAAUCAUUAACGUACAAUUCAAUAAAUGAUAGGGUAUUGUAUGCUCGACGGAAGGUAUGCAUGAAUUAAAUUUUUUUAUGCAAAGUUUUUAAAAAAGAUUAAUAAACAAAAGAUGUAUGUAGGGACCAAAAAAAAAAA